GUGUUUGACUUUUUUAGCCUUCCUCUACACCACAUGGCCACAGUGUCCUGACUUGGAUGUUGUUACAGAUCUACAGAUAUUAGCUGAUUUUCUUUACUUUUAAUCUGCUCAGAAAACUCGCAGACAGUAGGAAUGUCUCAGUUACAGGCGAGGUUUUUUACGGAGGACAAAAGGUUUGUUGUAGAUGAUGUCCCGUUCUCCAUCCCAGCUGCCUCUGAGGUGCAGGACCUUAGUAACCUGAUCAACAAGCUGCUGGAGACCAAACAUGCAGAAUCUCACAGCAAGGUGGAGUUUGACUUCCUGGUCAAAGGUCAGUUCCUGCGAACGCCACUGUCGUCUCACAUGGAGGCAGAGGGUGUAUCUACGGAGGACGUGGUGGAGAUUGAGUAUGUGGAGCGGAUCACAGCCCCUGAGCCUGAGGAGUGCAUGAUGCACGAUGACUGGAUCAGCUCAGUGGAUGCAGACUCAGAAUGGAUUCUAACGGGUUCCUAUGAUAAGACAGCCAGGAUCUGGUCUGUGGAAGGGAAGCAGGUGAUGACCGUAGCUGGACACUCAGAUGUUGUUAAAGACAUAGCCUGGGUCAAACGAGAUGGCCUGACGUCUCUGCUCCUGACGGCUUCUCUGGACCAGACUGUCCUGCUGUGGGAGUGGAACUCUGAGAGGAACAAAGUUAAAGCCCGCCACUGUUGUCGUGGACACACAGGAAGUGUCGACACAGUGUCCACAGACCCCUCUGGCUCUAAAUUCUGCAGCGGCUCCUGGGACAAAAUGUUGAAGAUCUGGUCUGCAGUGCCCACAGAUGAGGCUGAUGAGGUCGAGGAGCCCGCUGACAGACCCAGGAAGAAACAGAAGACUCAGCAGCUGGGCCUGACUAGGACUCCCUUAAUGACGUUAUCUGGACACGGUGAGGCGGUGUCCUCUGUGCUGUGGUGUGACAACGAGGAGGUCUGCAGUGCAUCGUGGGAUCACACCAUCAGAGUGUGGGAUGUUGAGACCGGAGCCCUGAAGACCACGCUGACGGGCAGUAAAGUGUUUAACUGCAUUUCCUACUCUCCUCUGUGUCGACGUCUGGCCUCAGGCAGCACAGACCGACACAUCCGGCUCUGGGACCCUCGGACCAAAGACGGGUCGCUGGUGUUGCUGUCUCUGACCUCACACACUGGUUGGGUCACCGCGGUCAAGUGGGCUCCGUCCAGCGAGCACCACCUCGUCUCCGGCUCUCUGGACAACCUGGUCAAACUCUGGGACACUAGGAGCUGUAAGGCUCCUCUGUACGACCUGGCAGCUCACGGGGACAAAGUGUUUUGUGUGGACUGGACAGAAAGUGGACUGAUGCUGAGCGGCGGUGCUGACAACAAGCUGUACACAUACAGGUAUUCAGCCUGUCAGACGGACGCGGGGGCGUAGGCACCGACUGCACAGCUCCAACUCCUCCAUCACAAAAGUCAGGACUGAACAGACAUGUUCUUCUACAUCCUGGUUCUUUUGCCCCACAUGGAUCAAUGACUUGUGUUGGUUUCCCUGAAACAAGAAAGGAGUCCUUUUCACAUUUUAUAAUGAUGGAGUUCUCACUGUUCCACCCUUAUGAGAUCAUUUUUCAUGGUCUUACUCAACAUACUGGCUUUCCUAAGCACUCUCCUUGUUUUCAUUUGAACUGUUUUCUUUAUCCUGUUCAGUCUGACCUUUACAUCGUUGUAAAAAGUAACUAAUAUUUUAAAAAACUAUGUACAGACAUGUUUUUCAGAAAUACUUUUUCACAGAUGUUCUCCUGAAGCCAGAUUUUAACAUUUGGUGUGAAUUCUUAGCAUUUCUAACAAUCAUUUGUGUAUAUAUAUAAAUGCUAGACGUCCACUUAUUGAGCCCAGACCGUCCCCCUAGUGGUUGUUUCCAAAACAUGUCUUAAGCAUCACCCACUUCACAAAAACACAUUAAACAAUUUCCUGAUAAAGCAAAUAAAUAUUCACCUCAGA